CCGACAAGUGCAGCAGCUCGGCGCGCAACUUAGGACGAGAAACGUCUCUGCCGGGUUUGAUGUUAAAAAAAAAUAAAUAAAUAAAUAAAAAAAUUCAUCGCGCUCUUAUACUGCAGCCCUCUUUGAACGAACCACGGGUGUUAUCACUACAGUCUGUGUCCCUGUCUCCUCUGAUGUGCGACAGGCAGAGAGUGGGUCUGGGGAGAGACAGCCCGCUGCUGUGCCGCUUCUAGCAAGGGAAGCCCCCACGCGUUGCGCGCCCGGAUCGCCGGUAUAUAUUCGCGUCGCGGAGUGCGUGUGCAUGCGCGCCAGGCUCUAAAUGUGUGUGUUGGCGCACGACAAAGCCCCGGGCUCCGUCCUCAACAGUUGCUACCGGAGCGGCGGAGAGGAGAGGAGGAGAGCGAGAGAGACAGCAGACUGAGGACGGACGGACGCGGAGCCCCACGCCGCUCUGCUCGGCUCUGCUCCUGACAUGCAGUCGCUCAUCUCUCCGGUGACCAAGGCCAUCCUAGUCGCGCUCUUCAUCUUCGCCAUACUCCUCAUUCUCUAUGUGAUCCUUUGGUACAUUUGCAGAGACGUGGACUGCGACCACGGCAUUUGAGGAUUCCGUUAAAACGGGAGUAACGGGAAUAUCGCAAUGGGGCGCACAGAGGAGCCCGCAGAGUCCAGGGUCAUCCCUGACUGCUCACUCUGGUACACGUCCUGACAGAGAUGCUGUCUGCUCUCCGGUCUUAUCUUCUGCCAGCUGUCAGGCUCUACCUGCUGGGUUUGAAGGUCCUGUUGGUCCAGCUGUUCAGCAGACCUCCGAGGUUGCCAGUGAUGCCCAGACAAGAUGGCAAGGUUGCCAUAGUGACAGGAGGAGGCAGGGGAAUCGGGUAUGAGGUUGUCUGCCACAUGGCCAGACUCGGGGCGCAUGUUAUCAUAGGUGGGAGGGAUGAGCAGGAGGGUCUUGCAGCCGUCAGAAGGAUCUGUGAACAGUACAAAGAGGCCAAAGUGGAGUUCAAGAAAUUGGACCUAGCCUCUUUGCAGUCUGUCCGUCAGUUCGCCCAGAGCUUCAAGGAGCGGGACCUGCCUCUAAACAUUCUGGUUAAUAAUGCGGGUGUAAUGCUGGUUCCUGAGGGUCGCACUGAGGAUGGAUUUGAGCAGCACUUCGGUAUAAACUACCUGGGCCACUUCCUGUUGACCUGGCUGCUCCUGGAUACACUAAAGGAUUCUGGGAAGUGUGGUCAUGUCUCCCGUGUGGUCAGUGUCUCAUCCUCAGCCCACCGCAUCGGAGAGAUCCGACUAAAUGACCUAAAUAGCUGCCAGCAUUAUUCAGCCCACACUGCUUAUUGUCACAGUAAGCUGGCACAGCUGUUAUUCAGUUCCCACCUCCACCAGGAGAUGCAGAGUGGAGGUUUCCCAGUGAGUUCAUGUGCUGUGGAUCCUGGAAUGGUGGAUACAUCUCUGUAUCGCCACCUCUGGACACCUCUCCGUCUGGCACAAAGUGUCAUCGCUGGCCUGCUUUUCAGGACUCCUGCAGAGGGCGCUGCCACAGUGCUGUCAGCUGCUCUGUCACCGGUCCUGGAGGGGGAUUGUGGAGGAGGCUACUGGGCCAAUGGGCACAGGGAUGUGACUACAUUACUGACCUUUGACCCCCAGUUGCAGCUGAGCCUAUGGGAAAUCAGCCUCCAGUUGCUGGGCCUGCAGUAGCUUGGGACUAAAGGAUGUCCAACAGGACUAAACCCAUUUGAAAACAUCUAAAAAAAAGACCCUAAUCUCGGGCCCACCAGCCACCUUCUCCCUUUUUUUCUUUUUUCUCCGUCCAUACCUCACAUCAAGGCGUUGGUAGCAAUUUAUGUUGAGAGGGUCACAGUCCAUCGCUGGACUGUGAUUGGUUGUUUGUAGAGUGAAAACCUCCUUUUUGUUCCAGACCUGCCAAAGAAGGGCUACAGGGGAUGGAAGACGUUUUUUUUUUUUUUUUCUUUUUUCACUGUGAACAAGCAAACAUAUAUGCACACAACCUAGGGUUACAAUGAUAUGUAAUUUUGCUGUCAUAGAUACUAGGUAGUUACUGCCAUUUAGUCGUGAGUCAGACAUCAGUUAGUGUUGACCAUCUUUGAUGAAGCCGAUUCCCUGUUCAUAGCAAACCUAAGAUGUCCAAACAGUGAAUUUGGCGUGCUCCAAAACUCUGCAAUAACACAUGCCUCACUCUGCCUUAAUAUCACUAGGCUGGCUUUCAGUAAAGUAUUUCAUUGUCCACAAUGAGCUCAAUGCUGCUUCAGAGGCUUUUCAAUAAUAAAAUACUAGACAAACAGUAAAACCUGUUUUGGGAAUAGCUUAAUCCAAAUGCCGAAUUUUGGCAUAAUAUAUCGGCUGCAAAAUAACAUGUUGGUCAAACCCUAGCAUACUGACACAUUCACACACCAUGACAAUGAUCUGAUCUAACCCGCCUCACUGCGGCGGGGGAAUGUGUUGUCAUCAGUUUGCUUUGACACAUCACAGUGAAUUCUCAGAUCGUCUUGCCAUCCCGCCUGUUUUACUGGGAGCACUUUCUUUUUUUUGUUUUUUGGGUACAUUCCUGUGCUUUUACUGCUGAAUCCUUGUGUUAUAUGCUGGUAGUAGCUGUAUGAUGAGCUCUUUUCAAGAAGGUGAAUUCAGUUGUACUCAUGCAGAUGCUGAGAAAACAUAAUCAACUCCUCUUUCCUCUCUCUCUACCACACAACAACACAAUAGACGUUCCUAUGGACUGAGGAUUUGGGGGGAAGACACUGAAAACGGAGGAGAUGCUAUAUAACAGUGGGCCUAAAUUUGGAAUAAUUCCCCUCGAUCUGGGACUGAUGAAAGACUUGGUUUUGUUGUUGGGAAUUUUCCUGCUGUUGUCGUUCUCUGAACCCAGAAUUUCCAAAUGUUUCUGGUUGCUUUUGUGUGCUCAGAAACAAAAAAGGAUGGGGAACCAACCUCCACUUCAUUCUGUCACCGUUUUCCUUUGUGAUCUGUGUUAAUCGCUUUUACUGUGUCUGUGAAAUGUGUGUGUGUUUUAUGCACACGAGAUAAGAAUUAACUCAUGUAUAGACCCAAUUCAUGCUGAUGGGUAGCACAACAAUUGCCAGUCCUGAAGGAACAGUGACGAGAACGAAAGAGAGAGCGAGGGGAAGCACUUUUUUCAUCAUUUAAACUGUGAUUGGUUCCACAUUGCUGCUGCUACUGCAGCUUCCUCAUUUGGCGCUGCUCCCAGUGCAUUGUGGGAUUGAGAUUUCCCAGUGGUGAGAAUCAAACUCCAUCUGCUGAGCUGACACACACACUCAGAAACACUGGGAGCAGUACAUCCAGGCACAGGCUUAUCCAAACAAGCACACUGCAAACAAACAUGUCUGUCUCUCAUGCAGGAAUAUACUCACACACACACACACACACACACACACACACACACACACACGUACAAAUACAAAUACACACUGCACCAUAAUGCCAUCUUCACUGUGAUUAACGCAUUUUAGCUGUUAGGAUGAAAAGUUGUAUCUGAAAUGACAAGUUUUGGCUAAAAUCUUUAACCACAAGUCAUUGCUGUAUGUGUAUGUCGCUGCUUUGAAUACUGCCACUGAGCAUCCUGCAUUCAUUAUUAUCUGCCGUAUGUGAAGCAAUAGUAUCACUGUGGUAGCUAAUUCAGCCAGUGGCACAGUCACACAUUCAGAAUAGGAGCAGAACCCAAGAGUAUGAAAGUGUACAAAGGAAAACUAUACCAGCUUCAAGUUACCCAUAUAUGAGGAAUUAAAAUUUUCUGUCUGCAUGUAUAGAAGUGUUUAAUGAAGACAUUAUCAGUGUACAAGUUUUUCAAGCAGGUUGAAAUGUGUCUUCAGGUUCUUUAGGGUAACUAAAGGUUAGUCUGAACCUGCUUAUCCCUCAUAAAAGAGAAAAUCACAGAGACAAAAAAUAACAUUGUGUCUGGCCUGUCCUUGGCAACUUGUAAAUUGACCUAAAGUAGGUUAGGAGAGUUGAGUCUUGGCUUGUUGUUCUGAUCUAUGUCAUGUGUUUACCAGUGAUAAAUCACCUUAACCCAUGUACCUGGUAAACACGAUAUGAGUUGAGAUAGAUGGCCUCAAUGCCUCAUUGAACAAUUGACCAGCACAUAAUAGACUGUGAGAUACUCAGUGUGGACAGCGUCCUGCAAUACAGAGCUGUGUUACUUGGCUAAAUGUUAAAGAUGCCUUUGAAAUGGGACAUUAUGAUGAAGGAGGAUCCAUCUUUAGAUUAAUGCUGCUUUCAUGUCAUAUGGAUGUAUGAUAGCCACAAGGAACGUUCACAGAACAUGGAAGCGUUCACAUCACCAGACAGUUUCUCACGAGUAUUACAAUUACUAACAAUAUGCCGCUAUAGUCAUUCAAUUUGGGAUUGAUAAAUAUUAAUUUUGAACAAUACACUUUGGGUAAGAUUAAGGAGAUGAGUCAAAUAUAGUAAUAAUGCACUUUUUUUUAAUGUAGCACCUUACAAAAUUAGAGUUGCAAAGUGCUUUGCGAAAAAGAGCCACCUGAAAAUUUUACAAUAUGACAAAUGACAAUAAGUCAUUAAAAUGACCUGGAGCCAAUCUGUCUAGGUGGAAUUCUAAAAACCUGACAACAAUAAUUUUCUGAUCUAUAUACUGAGUUGUAGAGAAAAAAAAAAGUUUCCUAAUUAUAAUUGCUGUGUUACUUGAAUGUUGAUGUGAACUGCUUGUCCUGGUCACUCCCUGAUAUUUCACACAACUCUGAUUUGACUUGAAGGCACCGCAACUCCAGGAAAACACUUCCCAGCAGCUUAAAUCGGUCCUUUUACUUUCUAGAAUUACUUCUAAGCAAAUUGUCAGUACCUCAGACAGUAGGCUCUGAAUAAAAUGGAACAUCUAACAUUGAAAUUUAAAACAAACACCUCUUUAGUGUUUUCUCGAUUAGCAGUUGCCUCUAAAUGCCAGCAAUAUUCCUCAGUGUUUGAGUGUUUUCUCCUCUCCGUGUUGUCGGACUUGGAAACAGUUUAUUGCCUCAGUGCUUUCUUGUUUGACUGUGUGGUUCCCUUAGGCUACUAUAAGGUACCGACUAAAUGUCAACCAACAAAACCCCAGUCCCACUGAAACAAACGCGCUUGCUUCCCUUCUUCACACAAAUGAAAACACCAGCUUACUACUCAGCAGUGCUCAUUUACAGAGUACAAGGCUACAGUGCGACGACAAACAUUCUGUCAAAUCGUGUUUCUCUCUGUCCAGCUGCUGCCGUAGUUGUAUUCAAACCCGAGAGAGGGAGAAUCGGAGAAUGUCGCAGUCUUUCCUUUCUGAGCACAAGGCUUUCCAAAGACGAGUUGGAGGAGGUGUGUGAGGGUCUGCCUUCUUGUUGUGUCAGCGCGCAGAAAGCGGCUGCUAAAUUAUCAAUGAUUACCUGGUUAUAUAUUUAGCGUCCUCCUGAAGCGCUCUGUGCAGACGGGGCGACGUGGGGGGAAAGUUUCCGAACUUGAAGUGCAAAUAUAGAAAAAGAGCAAAAACAGCUCAAGUAAGUGUCUGUGAUAUUGUCUGUAUGUGAUUUACUUGUAUAUGAUCAUUUCAGAGCGUUGGAGGAGACCACUGGAGAUGUGUGUAGACUGAAAAUGCUCUAAUAGCCAUUUCUCUGACUGACCUGGGAUUACAUUUAUAUUAAAUGUUCCAGUCCCAAGUUCUGCAGUUCCUAAAUGUGUAUAUGUAUAUGAAGAGAUAAUAUAAAGAUGUAUACGGGGGGGAACCAGAUGAACUGAGUCCUUACUCUGGUACUAUUCCAGUUAAAAGAAAACGCAUUCAUUUUUCUGUCUUCUCUUAUUUAAAGCAUACGCCCCUGACCUUUAACUCGAGUCCCUGGAGGCCACACACACACACACAGGUUCAAUCCAUUGUAAACAUUCAGUCCAUCUGGGCCCCUGAGGAUUUAUCAAACGUGCAAGAUGUUUUAUUUUUACUCAUUAUUUUGUUGUUGUUGAGAUACACAUCUUAUUGCUUUUGCCGUGCCUAAGAAGAAAAUCUCCCUCAUACGUGUGUAACUGUGAAUUUUUUCAUGUAGAAUUGAACUUGUAGAAACUGUGAUACCGUCUUGUCCUGUGCGUUGCCGUAAGUUUUUUCUCUCUUUGCAGCGGUGGGAGGUGGCGAGUGUAAACGUGUGAGCGAGCGAGCGAGUGUGCGUGAGCGUGCGUCUAGAUAAGGGAGUCGAUGUCCAUGUUUUUUUGUCAAUGGUUGUGACAUUCCAGCAGCAGCCACCACCUUUUCUAUUAUCCAAAGCCUCUCAAUAAACAUAUCAUUGUGCCA